AUUCCACAUUCGGAACAUAAUGAGACGAACUUAUUUCAUUCAAUAAAUUCUCGAUUUUCUGAGUUGAGAUUCGAACUGGAACAACAGAAGAAAACUGGACUUGAUAGAGAGUCGAGAAUUCAGCUUCUUGAAGCCAAGCUGGAGCGUCAGGGAAUGUUGAUAGAAGAACUUGUCAAGGAUUUGGUUAAGCACAAUUUGAGGACCCUUCCACUCAACUGUACCGGUGUCAAGUCUAGUGGAAUCCGCGAAAUACUGAUCCCCAACUUUAGCAAUGAACCUUUUAAAGUUGCCUGUGAUGCUGAAACUCAAGGAGGUGGAUGGAUGAUUAUCCUAAGGCGGAUAGAUGGAAGUGUCGACUUCUAUCGCAACUGGUCUGAUUACAAAGAGGGAUUUGGAGAUCUCAAUGGCGAGUUCUUCUUGGGACUAGAUAAGAUACACGCUUUGACGACAGACAGUAAUCAGGAAUUACUCGUAGUCCUUGAGGAUUUCGAGGGAAAUGAAGUGUUUGAGACGUACGAGGAGUUUGCAAUCGGUAACGAGGAUCGAAAAUAUGUCCUACACACUGUGGGCAAAGCCAAUGGAACUGCCGGUGACUCACUGUCUUAUCAUCGUGACAUGUAUUUUUCCACCCACGACCAAGACAAUGAUUAUUUUCCGGGUAACUGCGCCGUAUCCAGCACUGGUGCCUGGUGGUACAAUUAUUGUCAACGCGGCCAAAUUACGGGCAGAUAUAAAGUCAAUACCUGGGGCAAUGGCAUCAAUUGGAGAUCCUUUAAGGGUAUGGAGUACUCCCUUAAAUCAGCCGUCAUGAUGAUACGGCCCAGAAAAUAUGUUGUCCGAUUUACCAGUUUUUAAUUUAAUAACUUUCAAAUAAAUAAAUUUAAAUUUAAAUAAGUACUUUCUGUAAUCAAUGUAGCAC